GGGGAAGCCGGGCUGGCGGCGACGGCCGGACCGGCUCGCACUCUGGGGAUGGAGGGCGAGUGCCGGGCGUCUCAGGCGCGCUCCUGGGGCCUCCCGGCUGGGGGCGCCGGCGGGGACAGCCCGGGGGGUGACGCCCCCCUCCCCGGCAGCAUCGGCUCCUCCGCCCUGCUGCAGGCCGAGGUGCUGGAUCUGGACGAGGACGAGGACGACCUGGAGGUGUUCAGCAAGGAUGCCUCAUUGAUGGACAUGAAUUCCUUCAGCCCUCUGAUGCCGACAUCCCCUUUAUCAAUGAUAAACCAAGUCAAGUUUGAAGAUGAGCCAGAUUUGAAAGAUCUUUUUAUUACAGUCGAUGAACCUGAAAGCCAUGUUACUACAAUUGAAACUUUUAUUACUUAUAGGAUUAUUACUAAGACAUCUCGUGGGGAAUUUGACUCCAGUGAAUUUGAAGUUAGGAGACGUUAUCAAGAUUUCCUUUGGUUGAAAGAAAAACUUGAAGAAGCACACCCAACUCUGAUUAUUCCACCAUUGCCAGAAAAGUUUAUAGUGAAAGGAAUGGUGGAACGCUUUAAUGAUGACUUCAUUGAGACUCGCAGGAAGGCAUUGCACAAAUUUUUGAACAGAAUUGCUGAUCAUCCGACUCUGACAUUUAAUGAAGACUUUAAAAUUUUUCUUACUGCAGAAGCUUGGGAAUUCUCUUCUCACAAGAAGCAAGGGCCUGGAUUACUCAGCAGGAUGGGACAGUCAGUCAGAGCGGUUGCAUUGUCAAUGAGAGGAGUUAAAAGUCGCCCUGAGGAGUUCAUGGAAAUGAAUAACUUCAUUGAAAUAUUUAGCCAGAAAAUAAAUUUGAUAGAUAAAAUAUCUCAGAGAAUCUACAAGGAAGAACGGGAGUAUUUAGAUGAAAUGAAAGAAUAUGGCCCAAUUCAUAUUCUGUGGUCGGCAUCGGAAGAAGAUCUGGCUGAUACUCUAAAAAGUGUUGCCAGCUGCAUUGACAAAUGCAGUAAGGCCACUGAAAAACGGAUGUCUGGACUCUCAGAGGCUCUGCUUCCUGUUGUACAUGAGUAUGUGCUUUAUAGUGAAAUGUUAAUGGCUGUCAUGAAAAGAAGAGACCAAAUACAGGCAGAACUGGAUUCCAAAGUUGAAGCUUUGACGUCCAAAAAGGCAGAUACUGAUCUGAGUACAUCAUGAAGAACACUGGGCUGGAUGAAGCACAAGCUGAAAUCAAGACUGCCGGAAGAAAGAUCAGUAACGUCAGAUAUGCAGACGACACCACCCUUAUGGCAGAAAGUGAAGAAGAACUAAAGACCCUCUUGAUGAAAGUGAAAGAAGAGAGUGCAAAAGUUGGCUUAAAGCUCAACAUUCAGACAACUAAGAUCAUUACAUCCAGUCCCAUCACUUUAUGGCAAAUAGAUGGGGAAACAGUGGAAACAGUAUCAGACUUUAUUUUUUUGGGCUCCAAAACCACUGCAAGAAGGGGAUUGCAGCUGUGAAAUUAAAAGAUGCUUACUCCUUGGAAGGAAUGUUAUGACCAACCUAGCCAGCAUAUUAAAAAGCAGAGAUACUACUUUACCAACAAAGGUCUAUCUAGUCAAGGCUGUGGUUUUUCCAAUGGUCAUGUAUAGAUGUGAGAGUUGGACUAUAAAGAAAGCUGUGCACCGAAGAAUUGAUUCUUUUGAAUUGUGAUCUUGGAGAAGACUCUUGUGAGCCCCUUGGACUGCAAGGAGAUCCAACCAGUCCAUCCUAAAGGAGAUCAGUCCUGGGUGUUCAUUGGAAGGACUGAUGCUUAAGCUCAAACUCCUGUAUUUGGCCACCUGAUGGGAAGAGCUGACAUUUGAAAAGACCCUGAUGCUGGGAAGGAUUGAGGGCAGGAGGAGAAGGGGAUGACAGAGGAUGAGAUGGUUGGAUGGCAUCACCGACUCAAUGGACAUGAAUUUGGGUAAACUCCAGGAGUUGGUAAUGGACAGGGUCGCAGAGUCGGACAUGACUGAACUGAACUGAACAAUAUACUCUUUGGUUCCACUUGGUUAAGGUGAUGUGUGCCUAACUUCUCCAUUGUAAAAUCGCUCCUUUCCUUUUAUAAGUAGUAAACAUUUUGUGGGGUGCACCUUUGAGGCUGUAUAAUUAUUUCAUUCCUUACCUUACUUUAAACUUUAAAUUGAUAUGUUUGUGUGAGUGUAUGUGUGUUGGUUUUCUAUUUCAGUCAGUGGAUUUUAGUCCAUUACUAUCCCUAUGUAUUUUGAUAUAUUAAUUGCGUGUUUGACUAGUAGGACCAGUUUCACAAAUGGCACCAUCUUCAAACAUUUUUAUUACCUUUUGACACAUUCCCAUCAUUCUUUGCUUGUUUCUGGUAUAACAAGACAUUCUAGGCUCUUCUUGCACUUUUCUUGCCUGAGCACUGGAAUCAGCCAUUUCUCUAACAAGCCCUGGUUAGUAUAUUUGGAAAAAAUUAUGUUUAGGACAUAGUAUUAAUAUCUUGCCAUUAGAUAUGUUCAUUGCUUUUUAGAUAUCAUUAUUCUGAGAUCUGAGUGGACAUAGAUACAAAACAUUUCUGUAUAAUCAUACAUUUUUAUAUCUAUAUUGUCUAUUUAUAUGUAUUAAAAACAGCAAUUUCAUACCAACACCUCCAACUUAAACCCGGUAGCAUGAGACUUCAUUCUAGUUUUCUUUCUUUCCAUAUUUGUAGUUCCUUUUCUGACUAUGAGAAACAGACUCU